AUGAAAAUUUUUUUUUUCCAGCAUUUAAAAAAAGAUAAAAACAAAAAAAAACCUGUUUGUCAAUCUCCCUCUCUACUUCAUUUCUUUCUCAAUCUUUUUAUAUCAUUCCUCUUUCUCUCCAUAUCCCUCCCUUCAUCACAUUUCUUUCUCUUCAUCUUGACCUCCGCUUUCUCUAUUUCAUUUUUUCUACAUCUCCCUUUCUUUAUUUUUCCCCUCUCUCUCAUUCUUCUGUGUCCUCAUCUCUCUUAUCUCUUUCUAAAUCAUAUCUCUUCAUCUCUCUCAUAUAUUUUUUUCUCCUCUCUAUUGUGUCCAGGCCCUCAAUCUCUUUUUCCUCUCCUCACCAUUUCUUUUCCAAUAACCCAGCCAACAUUAUCUCUCCUUCCCUUCCAUGUUUCCCUGCAUUUCUUUGUGCUUAGCAACUACUGUCUGUUGUCUUAUUAUACACUGAUUGACGUCUUUCCCUUGGAUUACAAUCCCACAUAA